CGGCGGACCAAUAGCGGUGCGGCUCGCGCACUCAUUCCAGUCGUGGACUCGGGAUAAAGCGAUUGAGGUGGCGGCUGUAAGGAAGUUUUGUUGAGUAGGAAGGAGGGGGACAAAUGAGGCAAAAUGACCGACACAGAAGUGCAAGAAGCUCCUCUGUCAGCGCCGGCGACCGAACCAGCUCAGCCAGAGAGAAAAGUGAUUGCUACUUUGGUGCAAGGAACUGUGAAGUGGUUCAAUGUGCGCAAUGGUUAUGGCUUCAUCAACAGAAAUGACACCAAAGAGGAUGUGUUUGUCCAUCAGACUGCCAUUAAAAAAAACAACCCCAGAAAAUUUCUCAGGAGUGUAGGGGAUGGGGAGAUUGUGGAGUUUGAUGUCGUUGAGGCAGUCAAGGGCUCAGAAGCUGCUAAUGUGACUGGUCCAGGCGGGGUUCCGGUUAAAGGCAGCCGUUACGCCCCAAACAAGCGCCGAUUCCGCAGGCGCUUCUUUCCCCGUCCUGUACAGCCAGCACAGGAUGAUGGGAAAACUGGUGAUUCCUCUGCUGGUCCCACUUCUGAGGGGGAGGGACAGAAUGGAGCUCCGCAACCCGGCCCACGGCGCCGCGGUCAGCGCAGGAAACCAGACAUGCAGUCACAAACUGAAGGUGAAUCUGCAGGUGAGCAAAAGGAGGUAGCAGAUGGUAGCCAGCAGAGACCGGCACCGCGCAGGUUCAGACCCCGAUACCGCAGACCCCUGCAGUGUCAGUCGCACUGGUUGAUGCUGAAGAUGAAGACGGAUCAGCGUCUGAAUCAGGAGAGUUUGCGUCUCUAUCAGUUUCGGUUUCAACAUCGCCUGAACUUUCACUGCUGUCACUAUCUAGAAUCCUCGCUCUCGCCUGUGUAACUGUGUAUGUUUUCUUUUUUUUUCUUCACUAUUUUAGAUGUACCUGUGUUCACUGUAGGUGUAACUUUAGCUGGAACACGAUUAACUUUUCGCGUUGACAUUUUUAGUUCACUUCUACUAGUACACCAAUAUUCACGCUUGGAUCAGCUUCGUUGUAAUGACUGCGUAAUGUCAUAAUCACGUCAUGACGUCAUCAACCUUCUGGGUUAAAAAAUAAUAAUUAAAUAAGUAAGGAAUCAUAGCAGAGUAAUGCCGGUACACCGGCCUUACGGGGAUAACGUUUACACUGUAAAUCCUCUAUAUCGGCCUUACGGGGAUUUGGCAUAGACGACCAAGCCGGUAUAUCGUCCUUACGGGAAUAGAUCAAAGACGGGCAAGUCGGUUUUUCGGCCAUACGGGGUAAGAGGGUUAAGAAAUAUUCUAAGAACUAAAUCCAUCUUUUUGGGAAUCAAUGCAAUGAUUAGGUUAUGCCUCAGAGGGUGAUGAAGCCUUUAGCAGUUUAACUUCAUAGAAUUUCUGUAUUUUUUUUGAGGAAAUGACUUAUUGAAGAGCUUUGGGCGUUUCUCAGGCCGUUCCGUCCUCGUCCACCUCCUGAAGAGGUUCAGUCGGCCACUCCUGCAGAGGGACAAAAGGAAAUGCCCAAAGAAGGUCCGAGCAAUGGAGAGCAGGCUGAUGGGCAGACUCAGAAAUCACGCCGACAGUUCACCCGCC